UCCACACAUUUUUCUUAAUUGAUGUGCGUACCUAUAAGUGAAUGCCUGUAUCUCUUUUGAAGAGUUAAUUCAUCUAAUUGCUGAAAACAGACAUAUUUUAAAUUCUAUGUGAUAUCCAAUUACUGCAUGGAGCGACUACCAUAGCCACCUGGAGAAAUAUUGAACCUGACUCACAAACUAUAGGAAAUUAGGACUGCAAGUGGACUCCACUGGGAGAACAUUCCUUGCUGCAGACAACUAUCUGUAUAGACUGAAUGCUCAGCUAAUACAAGAGGAGAGAGUUGAUCUAGGAGAUACUGUCAUUACCGAAGGACUUUCCCUGAGCUCUACUGGGAUGUUGGUGGUGUGUUUAAAUGAUCUCUCUUGCUCUGUCUACAAUGCAAGUAACCUCAUUGCUGGUCCUAUCAGGAGUGUCAGUAAUGCUAUAGGAAGUUUGGAUUUUGGAGUAGCUAUCAUUGCGUCAAGAGACACUUUCUACACUGGAGAAGACAAUUAUGGGAUGGUACUGAAACAAUUCGGAGAAGGUUUCAAUAGAUCGUCUGACAACAAUCCAUCAGGCGAACUCAAUGAAUUUGUUUUGGAAGAUAGUGACUUUUCACGACAAUUCUAUGCAUAUGGUGGUUUUGUGAGUGGUGGAUUUGCCUAUUACGUUGUCGUCGACUUUCAACCUGUUAGUGCACUAGCUAUAAGACUGUUACGUGUUUGCAACAUGCCUGAUUGUGGAGGCCCAAGUACCUGUGGAGUGACUGCUUUGUAUGAACUGGGAAUCAAUUGUGGCUUUCAAACGAUCACUGAAGAUACUUGUUUAUGUGCAGUGUCACUAGCAGAGGACUUCAGUGGGAUAUCUGGACCCACUGCUGUUAUAAAUCUUUGCUACGGUGGUACUAACUCUAUUUGUGUGGUCAAUAUCACUGCUGUCAAUGAAGCUAUGGACGCUAAAUAUGACUCUUGUAUUGUGUCACGGACUGUUGGAGAAAAAGUUGGCUUACCAUGGAGAACAGGCUCAGAUAACUGCGAUACUCUGCCUCAGCCUCAGGAAACAAGGAACAGAUGUGACACACCCAGUCCAGUCGGCCUUCUUAUCCUAAAUGGUGGUAUUGACAUAAUAGCACCAGUUUGUAUCAACUUUGGAAAGAGUUUUAUCGCCAUAGCUUCAGUAGCUGUGAAAGUGGAGCAUUUUUCCUUUGUGUUUGUGGCAACUAAUGAGCCCAUUAUAAGAGGAUACGAUGUCAGUGGUACAUCGACUCUGGGCCCCGAUAGUGCAUUCUACAAUCAGCAAUUGGCCUCUAAUGUAUUACAUUUGUCAUGGCACGAGGGUCUAAACUACAUCACAGCAGCCUCUUGGAACUCUGUGUUCCAAAUACCGAUUGAAGAGUGCUUCCAGCGUUUAGACUGUACUAGUUGUACCAGUGACCUCAACCCGCUGUGUGGGUGGUGUGUGGUGGAGAAAAAGUGCUCUCGUCAGACGCAGUGUCAGAACUCCAGUAUUUCUAGUAGAUGGACACAGGACAAUGCCAACUGUUUUACUGCUGCUACUGUGGAGCCUAUGCAACUUGUGCUUGACCCUGAGAUUCUUGCCACUGAGCUCACAGUGACCCUGACCUCUCCCGGCCUGCCUAACCUCCUUCCUGGAGAGAGCUUCUACUGUCAUCUGGCGGACAGUGAAGGACGUUUCCCACCCAUCAUAGUACCAGCUGUUGAGGUCACCCCAGGAACAGUGUUCAGUUGUGAUAUUGAAGGACUGGUACCUGACUACCCUGGAGUGACUGCAACCAUCAACCUGGGCUUUCAAAACUCUCUGUUCAAUGAGCCAUUUGAUAUCACCAACCAAGCGCUUACCAUCUACAGGUGCUCAGCAGGAGAAAGCUGUAAGAAUUGUCUUGGGAUAAAUAAUCCGUGUCGAUGGUGUAACCUCAACAAGCAAUGCAGUGGAACAUCAGCUCCUUGCAAGAAUGUAUCUCACUUCCUACAGGUGUUUGCAGGCAACGACUUCACUGCCGAGUGCCCCUUGUUGGACACGCCCCCCUCUGGUGGGUACACUCAACCAGUAAGGGUGGCCCAGGACCUUCGACUGACCACCAGGAACCUCAUCUCCCCUACAGAUGGCUUUGAGUACUAUUGUGUUGUGAAUGGAGUUAGUCUGACAGCUCAGUAUGAGAACGAGAGCUCCAUCCUGUGUACAGUGGGCAGUGGACAACUCACACUUUCCCCUGGUGUUGGAAGUUUCCCUGUGGUUGUUAUGGUAACCUGGACGGGGAAUGACAUCAACCACACACUGAGCAACACCAUGCAACAACUUUCAGUGACGUUGUAUGAUUGUCGUGACUUGGCCAGUGGAUAUCUGGAAUGUAUUGCAGUCAGAAUGGGGUCAGAGUUUGCAUGUGGGUGGUGUGGGGGUAGUUGUGAGGUGAUGCAAGAGUGCUCCAAUACUUUCAUUACUGAGGGGGACAAUCCUCCUGCCCCUGUCAUCAACUCAUUCACUCCAAUGUCAGGACCAGUUGAGGGUGGUACAGCAAUCACUUUGAGGGGUACUGACUUCGGAAGAACUUUUGUUGACGUUCAGAACUCCAUCCUUACAUUAGGAGGCGUGGCUUGCAUUCCCCUCAUCACUGGUUAUAUACCAUGGCAACAGUUUGUCUGUGAGACUGCACAUUUUUUAACAGAAGGGUCAAAAGACUUCUCUCUGACUAUUGACUCUAGAGUAGCCGUUGUAAUUGGUGGCUCCUUCACUGCGAUAGAUCCUACUGUCAGCAGUGUGACUCCCACCUUUGGACCCAUGGCCGGGGGAACUAAAGUGGUUGUGAGGGGUACUGCACUGAACGUGGGUAACCAGGAGGACACUAGAGUCUUUCUAGAGGUCAGCGAGUCAUACUACGUCUGCAAAAUAUUAUCUAUCGAGUCUCAAGUGAUUUGUUGCAGUACCUCAGCAGCAAACCUCACCUCUACUGCUUUGGUGGUAGUGUCCAUUGAUGCUGCCAGAGUCAGCAAUCCAGGAAUGGUCUUCAGUUAUCGUAACAACCCUAAUGUGACUGCUGUGUUUCCUAGCAACACCAUUCCCAGUGGAGGCAUCACACUGACCUUUACUGGACUGGACUUGGACGUAGUACAGCAGCAUGUGUUGGAGGUAUACCAGCCAAUGGGGGAUCCUCUGAGGAGCAACUGCAGUGUUGUGGACAAUACCACCAUCACAUGCUUGACUCCUAGUCUGACAACAACCUCACUCACCCCAUUGGACUAUGCCCUAUGGUUUGAUGAUGUCCCACUCAUUACACAAGCACACUUCCUUAUCAGCGUCCAACCAGAUCCUUCUCAAUUUAGACUAGAUAGUUCUCAAGAGGUCACCAGUGGCACAGAGACGCUCAUACGCAUUGUGGGUGAUAAUGUUGACUCAGUAGAGACCAGUGAGAUAAGAGUGAUCGUGGGAGGCGAGGAGUGUACUACGACACCUAGUAGUUUAAGAGGAAACGAAAUCAUCUGUAUCGCCCCCUUGGAGCUCCCGGGAGGGGAAAACUCAGCCAUCAUUCAAGUGAACGUUGGGAGCAACAUCUCUCAAGUAUUGGACCAGCAGCUGACUUACACAAGUCCUGUGACUGCUGCAGUUCCACUGGAGAUCAUCAUCCCGAGUGUUUUGGGGGUUAUUGUGAUGAUUGUGUGUGUAAUGCUAAUCAUUUUUGUUCGUUUCUAUCUGAACUCUCGGAAGAAGAUCGUGUCAAUUGCUGUGCAUGAACAGAUGAUGGAAAUCGUGGCUAAUACGAGAACACGGGAGGACAUAUUUCCUAUGGAUGGCAAUACAGCACUCAUUAAAUCAGAACUUGUUGAGAUUGCUGAGUCAAUCCCAGACUCAAUCAAAAUUCCAGCCUCCAUAUUGAAGCUCUCCAGUACUGCAAUUGGACAAGGUGAAUUUGGCGUUGUGUACAAGGGAGUCCUGACAGACUGGAACAAUGUACCUAUUCAAGGGGUGGCCGUGAAGACACUGAAAGGUCUGUUCUCAUUGUCGGAUGUUCAGAGCAUGGUGUGUGAGGUGAACAAGAUGCAGGACUUUGACCAUCCUCACGUCAUGUCCCUGAUUGGGGUGUGUCUCGAUGCUGGCCCCGGCAUUGCCAUAGUGAUGCCAUAUAUGGCAAACGGGAGUGUUAUUGGAUAUCUCAAGAGAGAAAGGAGCAGCCUUGAGUUGGAUGAUGACUGUGAGAUUGAUCAGGUUCUGGAAGUGAGGAAACUGCUACUAAAGAUGUGCCAUCAGAUAGCACUGGGAAUGGCCUACUUGGCCGAGCAGAACUUUGUCCAUCGCGACCUUGCGGCCAGAAACUGCAUGCUGGACUCGGGAGGAGGUAUCAGGGUGGGGGACUUUGGUCUGGCUGAGGACGUCUAUACUAGCGGCUACUUCAGACAGAACGACCGAGCGAAUGUGAAGCUGCCCUACAAAUGGAUGGCCUUGGAGAGUCUCAACGAUGCCAUCUUCACAGAGAAAACUGAUGUGUGGUCGUAUGGUGUGACUAUGUGGGAAGUCUUCAAUGGAGGAAAGACCCCCUACCCUGCCGUGGACCCACACUCCCUCAUCCAGCUGCUGGGAGAGGGGCGGAGACUAGAAAAACCUCUCAAUGCAGCCUGUGCCAUUGAGAUUUCUAAGCUGAUGCGUCAGUGUUGGAGGGAGGAUCCAGAGGAGAGGCCAACCUUCUCACAACUGUCCUCCAUUGUGGAGAGGCUACUGACAUCCAUUGCUGGCUACACUGAGCUCUGUAUGGUGCUACUGAACCCAAUUCAAGAAGCGGAGCAGCUCAAAUGUGACAAUUUACCCACACCCACUGAAGACGCUCAUCGCUAUGUCGAUGGUCCACUAGAUCACCCUCUAUAGCAUUCGAAAACAGAAUGUACAAAGAAGAAUUUACUGCAACAUGUAAUUAAUUUUAAUGCUUAUAGCUCACGAGGUUAAAGUCGUAUUGCUGUUCUCUGUACAGUAUAAUGUAGUGAACUGUAUCCAGCUGCUUUUAUCUUAACUAGCAUCAUAAUAGUAUAUAUACACAUGUAGUAUUAUCGUAGCCUAUUAUUGUUUUUACACAUGCAUGCAAAGUUAAUUUUCCAAUAUCUGUCUUAA